AUGAUUAGAAGUAUACAUGUAUGACCUUUUCUUAUUUUCUUUGUGGCUCUUAAGUUUCGGAAACAGUCUUUUGAUUGCUGUUUACUAGAACAGGUGCUAUCUCUCCUGAAAUUAAAAUAAAACGACAUAUUUCGCAAAUCAAUAAUAUUCUUUUGAAAUAUUCAUUAGUUGUAUAUAAGAUGCUGAAUUUGAACAUGUGUAUUUUGGAGUUUGGAUUUAUACAAUUUUAAACAAUAAGCAUUUAAGAAAAAUCUGAAACAAGCAGACGUCGAGUGAUUUUGGAGAGCUACUUCGUACUACAAAAUUAGAAAUUGAUUAUACAUACGGAUAUUCAUACAUAUUAUUAAUACGUGUUAAUUGGCUCUGAUAAAAAUGAAUCUAGCUGCAUUUAAAGAAAUACACAUUUACGAGAAGAAUAUUUGUCCACUACGCACGUUGAUCGACAUACUGCAAAAGUCUUCUUCUGGUCGGCCUUCCAGCAUCCUCGAGAUCACUCUACUAGAUAAGUUUCCUAAAACUAACGAUUUUGUUCCUAUUGAACAAUUCAGUCCGAGAUGCAUUAUCGAGUAUAUGAUGAAGAUGCAUGGUAAUACUAUGAAAAAGAUUGCCGCAACACCUACAUACCUUGACAAACUUGUUUAUAAGUAUAAAGUGGGCAGUGAAGAAAAGGAAUAUGUUUUUUCUAAUAAUAUGAUGUUUUAUAUUGACGUCAUAAUUAUAUGCUAUCUAUAUUUCGUUAGGAAAAGAUCUGAUUACAAAAAAUUCUUCCCAGUAAUUCGUUUACUCAGAAUGAUGAAAAUAAAAUACAAUAUAUAUGACGAGUCAAAUUCUGUCAAUACUUAUAUGACAUAUGGAAACAUCACUUGGCAUAGAGUAGCACUUUCUUAUCCGAGUAUAACAUUCGCGAUAUUUGAUCAUAAUGUCAUUUCUUUACCUCCUUAUAUAACAUUAGAUAGGCUUAAUAUUCCCAAAAUUUUUUAUUUACCAUUUGCUGCUUCGAUUAUUCCUGCGAUAGAUAAGAUUAAUAUUUCACUUGCAUUACUUUUAGCUAUGGCAAUUUACGGCGAGAAUGAUGAAUACAGAUGCGACGAAAUUUUUCCGUUAUACAAUCUCUAUGAAUAUAUUUUUAAGUUAUACAAUUCAACAUUUUUUCCUAAACAAUUAAAAUUGGAGUUAUGCAAACAGUGGGGCAUUAUACACGUUGUAGGAAGUCAAUAUAAAUUUGCUCCUUAUUUUAAAUUAGCCUAUGAAGAAGCUAAGGAAUUAAUAUCUACUUUAAAAUCAAAUGAUCCAGACUUAGAAUAUGUAAUUUCCUUUAUAUAAAUAGAGUGCCAUUUCUUUUUAUCAUGACAAUGAGUAAAUUAAUAUUACUACAAUUAAAGUUUGGCAAUUGUAUUAUACGAUUGAUUAACAGUGCAUUUCUGUAUUACUUCAAAAGCAAAAUUUAUUUUAACAACACAAUUUUAUUUUCGCAAAUUGUGUUACUAAUUACUAUAGCACAUAAAUAAUACUUGAUUAAUUUGUUGUGUGUAUUUAAUACUGUAUCACUAGUGAAUGAUGAAUUGACUAAAAUAUACUUAUUUUUAAAUCUUAUUUAGCAAAAAAGAAA